AUGAUUUUCAGCAUUGCAUUCAUUACAGCAGUAGUGCACUGUGAGCCACCAGUAUACAGACCUAGCUACCAAAAUGGCUACACGAGGCCAGUUUCUAGCUAUUUACCGCCAGCCACAGGAUAUACACCACCAAAUAAUUAUCUACCCCCAAACACUGGCUACCCAUCAGAUUUCAACGGAAACGGUCAAGGUUUUGUUCAAGGUCAUCAUCACGGACACGGUCAAGGUCACGGACAUAAUCACGGACACGGCGACGAAAGUGAAGUUGUAAGUAUAUAG